AUGCUUAUCGUUGACACAAUAUUUGUCUCUCUGUGCAUUUUUCUAUUGUUGUCUGCACUCUUUGUCCCACUGUACAUCCCAGUGCCGAUCUGCUACAUCAUAGUAAACGUGCUAGCGGCAUCGUUCAAGGUGACCCCAUACAAUCUUGCGGUCAUGUCUCUGGAACGCUACGUGGUUAUAUGUUUCCCACUACGACACAUGGAGGCUUGUACCAGACAUAACUCUCUUGUUGCUGUUGCAGUGAUAUGGAUCAUUGGGUUUCUUCCAAACAUUACAGAUUUCUUCAUUAUGGUUCAAAAUGAAAAUACUAAUUUCUAUUUGCUUAGUGUUAAAUGUUCCCAAAGGAUUUUCUUAAAAACUGAAGAGAAGCAAAUUAUAAAUGCUGUCGCUGAUAUAUCGAGCUUCGUGUUGGUGGGGCUGAUUGUCAUUUUCACAUAUAUCCAGAUUAUGUUAAUUGCUGUAAACAUUGAGUCGAAAAAUUCAUCGGCUUCUAAAGCUGGCAAAACCAUUCUGCUCCACGCCUUUCAGCUCCUGUUAUGCAUGAGUGCCUUUGUCCACAAUUUUAUAGAAAUGCAUUCUAAAGAAUAUAUUCAGAUAGCAACAAAAUUUAGCUUCCUAUUCCUCAUGUGCCUGCCUCGGACCCUCAGCCCCCUGAUUUAUGGGUUUAGGGAUGAAUUGCUCCGCAAUUAUAUCAAAAAGUUUGUUUUCUGUUUAAAAGUAUCUCCGAAUACAACUUGA